CGUUCCAAGCCGUCAGUGACGAUGUUCAUGUGCUGCUCGUGCGCGCUCCUGCAGAAGGAGUUCAGUAGGUAGGUGACCGACGCUUUUCCCCCACUUUUGCGUUCUUUGGUGAACAGCGAUAUGGACGAAACAGAGAACGCGUCUUCCUUGUUCCAAAACGACAGCAAUCUAGAGGACCAAAGUGAUAAAGUGUCACUGACAGCUAAGGUGCCGCUUAGUUAUCAAAUAUCGACGUCUGUGCUAAUCGGUGCGCUUAUCCUAUGUUCGGUGUUUGGAAAUGCGUGCGUCGUGGCGGCCAUAGCUUUGGAGAGGUCACUCCAAAACGUGGCCAACUAUCUAAUCGGAUCUCUUGCAGUGACAGACCUUAUGGUGUCGGUACUCGUCCUGCCUAUGGCUUGCCUCUACCAAGUUUUGGACAAAUGGACACUUGGGCAGGUCGCGUGCGAUAUAUUUAUCUCGUUGGACGUUCUAUGUUGCACAUCUUCAAUUUUGCAUCUGUGCGCCAUUGCGCUGGACCGCUUCUGGGCUAUCACCGAGCCCAUAGACUAUAUGAAAAAGAGGACGCUGAAACGUGCGGCGAUUCUAAUCGGCGCUACAUGGCUGGUGGGCUUCUUGAUUUCAGUACCACCCAUGCUGAUUAUGAAAUCGCAGCCCAAAAGCAAAGCCGAAGGCAUGGCCAACCCAGAAGCGUGCGCGAUCAGCCACGACCCGUGGUACACCAUUUACUCAACAUUCUGCGCCUUUUACAUCCCGCUCAUCCUUAUGCUCGUGUUGUACGGACGCAUAUUUAAAGCAGCAAGGUUUCGAAUCCGCAAGACGGUACGAAGGACAGAGAAGAAAAAAGUCACAUGCUUGACUGUGUCCCCGGCUCUGUUUAAGCGCGCAGGUGGAGAGCCUGGGAAAAGCUGGAGGAGCAGCGUGGAGCCCAAGCCGGCGUCGUGCCUCAACGGCGCGGUGAAGCACACGGACGACGGUGAGUCUGUGGAGAUCGUGGAAGUUCACGGCAAUUCAAAGCACGACCUGCCUUUGCCUAACACACCGAGCUCGGCACCGCUCUUCGAGAACCGCCACGAGAAAAACACGGAGGCGAAGAGGAAACUUGCGCUGGCGCGAGAGCGCAAAACCGUAAAGACGCUGGGAAUCAUCAUGGGCACAUUCAUCCUAUGCUGGCUGCCUUUUUUCAUCAAAGCCCUAGUGAUGCCCUUCUGCCCGUCGUGCCAGAUGCCCGUUUGGCUUCAGGACGUGAUCAACUGGCUCGGCUACUCCAACUCGCUGCUCAACCCCAUCAUCUACGCCUACUUCAACAAGGACUUCCAAAGCGCCUUCAAAAAAAUCAUCAAAUGUCAUUUUUGUCGAAAAUAACUGUGGAUUGCUUUGCUUUGUGAAUCAUAUCGGGACUAAAAUCUAUUGUUCAUAUACUGAAUUGGCAGGAAAAUCUAUAGUAAAACAUUCCUUCAGUGGGAUAAAGAAUGAUGACGUUUAUCCCAUGGUGGAAAUGGCUCAUUAUUCUCAUCGUUUAUUAUUUUUUUAUUAUAAAUUUGUUUCUGUUUUCAGAAAAGAUGUAUAAUACUGUGUAUAAAGAAACCCCAUAUUGCUCAUGUCACGCUGGAAGCAUGAUUGUGUUCAUG